AUGGACGCCUCUCGGCCACAGCAACGCGAAAAGCAGAGUCGAAGCGCAGAACAUCCUCUGACUAUUGCUGUCAGGCCGUCAACGGCGGUACCGGCCGCAGAUCCCGCUGCAGCCAAUGAAGAUGCGGAGCCUGGGGUUGGCCUUAUCUCCCCGGAACCGGAGGACGGGAAAGAGGAGCAUUCGCCUCUCCCAGUGCCUCCGGGGGUGGAGACACCAGCAUCGCCAGCAACGCCGCCAGAGCUACAGUCACCAGGGCCCGAGGAUGAGAAUGGGAUUCCAGGUGGUGCCUUCCCGCACAACCGGCCCACCAGCUGGGUGGAGGUUGAGGGCGAAACCAUGGAAGAUCUGCAGCGUGAGCUCGAGGUUGUGACAUGUCCAAAGCCGUGCAUAUCUACGGAGACCCAGACGGAAGAUCCUCCUGAAGAGGUGCCAGAGGACUGUGCAGACCGCUGGUUCUCGGGCUUCGUCGACGCGGUUCCAGCUCGGAGUUCGCAGCCCGCCAAGGUUGCCACAGACCUGAAUGCAGAGGCGGCUAGCUCCUCCGACUCUGACUCCGACAGCAGUGACAACGACGAGGUCACCUGCAAGCCCGAGCGGCAGAUACGCCGUCGGUCAGAUGGCAGCCUGAGCCGCGAUCGCAGGGAUGGGCCACAAGAGCCCGAAGCAAAGAACGCAACCGCAGAGCCCGAAAGCAGCAGCAGCAGCAGCUCUUCGUCGUCCAGCAGCCGUGCUUUGUUUCGCAUUCAUCAGAAGACGCUCCUCGCAGAGCCACUGCGGAAGCUGCGCGUGCAGUCUGAGCGGAUCUUGCCGGCCAUCGUGACGGUCCAUGUGCUCUUGUUGGCAGCACUGCAUAGCUCCUACGUUGGCCAGGCGAGUUGCCUACCGGAAGUUCUUCAACGAGCAGGGCUUUGGAACGACACGGCUUCCAGACCGUACCUUCCAGAGGAUACAUUGCUAUACCUGACGAUUACGCUUGGGGACGGCGUCACAGGGCUGACCAUCGUCGAAGCCACAAAUCGAUCCAGCACGAAUCCUCUUCGGCUUGAAGAUGCUUCCGAUGUUUUCGGUACCUAUCGCUUUGCUCUGGACCGCGAGAUAGUACAAAUGCGCAAGCCGGUCUUCGACAAGCACAAUUUCCUGGUGCGAAACGUGUCGCUGGCGCAAGCUUGCCUCGCCCCCUUGACGCCCCUGGCGGAUGCAUUGCAUUUCUUCAAUGCUUGGGACGGCCUGGUAAUAAAUGAGUUGGCCUACAGCCUUCGGUCUCGAGGAUAUCUCGAAAGGAUGGAUGGCGAUGAAGUUCUUGAGGCAUGGGCCUGGACCAAAGAACAAGUUGAGGCCCCAAAUCCUGAGCAAGGGCGCUCCUUGCUAGCCUCGCUCUUCCGCAAGCUUCUUAUACUGCUCGGCUCUGUGGUGUCCUUUGCAUUGAUAUCUGCAGUCACAGGACUCUUUAUACGCAUCGCCGUGCACGGUUCCGCAGUGCUCAUGUUUCCACUGGCAUUAGUGGCACAGACGAUGGGCCUGAGCUCGUCCAGGAUGUCGAUAAACGUGCUCUCCCGCAGCUUUCCAUGGAUUGGAGUCCACGUGGAUGUUUUGCGGCGUGGUAGUCGUCCGGUUUGGCCUUUGCUUCGAUCGCACAUGGCAUUUCUGCUUGUGCAGUCUUUCGCGUACUUGAGUUGCAAUCUGGCUUGGAGAUUUCUUCUUUAUCGGAAAUCCUCUCCAGAGGGCUUUGAAGAGAACAUCUUUAGCUUGUGUUCGCUGCUCGAGCUUUUCAACUUGAUCUUUGUGCGAUCUCCGUCUUCGGCAGCGCUGUACCCGAAGGUUGCCAGUGCAUGCGUCAUUUAUCUCCACUUCUACAUAUUCUGUUCGCUGUAUCCGUUUCACGGCCUGGCAUUUCUGACGUGUGUUGGAGCUUGUGCAUAUGUCAUGGUAUACUGCCUAAACCAUUUCGAAGAACCGGCGCUUCGGGCAGACCCUUUCAACAACACUACGCCCACGGUGGCUCAUCCACGAGCUUUGUACCUGCCCCUGUUGUCACCGUCGUGGACUAUCGAAGCAGCUCCGCUGUGGACGAUGUUCUACCCGCCGGAGAACGCCUCUACGUUCCCUGAAGUGGCUCUCGCCAGCGACAACGAGCUCCUUCUUCAGACGAGGAAGCGGCAAAGGCCGAAGGUGCAGCUCCUGCCAGCGAGAUGCCAGUGGAUCCGCGCAGUCGCGUUGUUCAGGACUACUCCGACGUUUUCUGAUCUGACAGAAUGCGUCGGCAGUGAGAUUAGGAAAGCUUGGGGAAAUUCAGAGAUGUAUCGAGGUCUUUCCAAUCGAUACCGCAACGUAGUGCCACUGCCAAACGGCACGAGCCGCACGACAGACGGUGUCAGCGGUCCUCACGCCGUGGCACCGUGCAGCGCGGAAAACGGCACGGCAUGGGAAGCCAGCAUCCGACACUUGAACGGAAGCGCGCGUGCAAGCUGGUCGUCCAGCGCAGAAGCUCCGAUUGUGCCCGAAUCAAGUCAGUCGCCGCUCUUGACAGCACCUGCUCACCCAGCACCGCCAAGAGCCAUGUCGAAGGAUGAAUGGCAGAUGGCAGCCCAAGAUGGAAAGAGCCAGCAUGAACAGGAAAGCUUCACGACAAAGGCCUCUGCAUCCGAAGGACCCAUUUCUGCGGAGGCAGAUUCAGCUGAACAGAAGGUGCGCGGUCCUCCGCAGCCAGCCAGGACUUUGCCGGCUGAUUUCCUGCUGGGUCGUUCCAAGAACAAUGAGGAACUGUUCAGAGUGGCGUGCUCCGGUGCGCAGAGGCUGGCAGGUGAAAUCGCCGAAGCCGAGCAAAGAGCUCUGAGGAUGGCACGCGAAGUCAUCGAUGAGAUGCGAAGCCCUUUUUCGAAGGCCCGGCCAGAGCCAGCCGCAACGGACAAGCCUCCUUCUACAACGUGGGAAGAUGUGGCACUGCCUGGAAGGACUUCUGCCUCAGCGGCCGUGGAAGCAGAUCCUCUUGAAAGCGAUGCUGUUCCGAAGCCUUCUGAGGCAGCUGAAGCAGCGCGUGCCUCGGGCUGUGCAUGGUGGCAUGCUGAUGCCGACAGCUGCUGCAAUAUACCGGCCCAAGAGCAGAUGCGUUCUUGCACGUCUGCUUCAGCUCUUCGUAGAGCAAUGCUGGCUCGACCCAAACGGUCUCGUACAGGCUUAGGCCUUCUGCUGGCUGCUGCCGUAUGUCUGCUCGGCGGAGAAUCGGCAUCUGGCGUUGGCUUCAGCGUGGUCCGUCCAGCUAAUCCAGCCCGUGAAACUCCACGCCUUCGCACACGACAUGGUCGAAGGAGCUGCGCAGCUCCGAUGCAGGUGAUAAAGGCGGAAGGAAGCGGAAUCGGCAGUGUCCUUCGCGGCUUCCUGAGGCGUGCUCUGACUGUCCUGAGCAUGCUGACUGCACUGACAUGGUGGGGCAGGUCCACUUCCAAGGUGCUGAAAGCUGCCCCGGUGGAGUCCUCUGAAUCCAACGACUGGGAACCUGAAAUAUCCGCACCAGUUGCAGUGCACAGUGUUCAAGUCCCCGUUCAAGUCCAAGAGACUCCCGCGCAGAAAGUCGCAGAGAUGAACCAAGUGGCCGAAGUGACGAAUGUCGACACGACACCAGUGGCUGCAGUUGCGAGUGAAGAGGUGCUCACAGACCCCGUAGUACCAGGAAUGGCAAAGGCAAACUUGGUAGUGAAUGUGGAGACAGUUCCGGGAAAAGCACAGACUCCGCAUGCAGAUGCCAAGAUGCAACAAUCGGACCAACAAGUGCUCGAAAACCUGUGCGGCGACGGCUGGAGCUGCUCGCCAAUCGACGCAGAGAAGGGCUUGUUCCAAAUCACAUUGCCAGCCGUGAGAUACGAGCUCCCAAUGGGCGUGGUGUCCAUUCCUGCACCCCUCUUCCAUGCUCAGGCCCGCGGCUCAGAAGUGCAGUCUGGCGACUACAGCGAAAGAUUGGUGGCCGACAUCGUGCUUCAGAACGGUGACAAAAUGCUCUGUGUUGAGCUUGGAUUUCCCUUCAACAGCAAAUUCACCAUCUCAGCCGCUGGCUGGGCGCGUUGCCGUGUUGGACAAGAACCCGGCUCGGUGAUUUGCAAGGCAUCGGUCGAGAUGGGCCUCCAAGUUCCAAAGGUCCCGGGAUUGACCUCGAUCUUGCAGUUCUUCGUGAAGUCCUACGCCAACAAAUCCGCUCACGAUUGCGCCGUAAGCCUGUCAAAGCCACCUGGUCUUUGA